UUUGACACUGACAACUUUAAAACCUAAUUUAAAACACGUUGUUUUUGUUCAACACAAAUCUGUAUUUCGUUAUUUAUAACUUAAAAUACAAUUAAUUUGUGAUUGUAAAAUUAAAAUGUUUAAAAUACCGAAGUGGGAAGAAGACGUCCCGAAGACCAAUAUUAACUUUGGUAGUGUUGUAAAGAAGAAAAAAGGCAAAGAUUUUGAUAAGCCACAACUUGAAAACAGUCCAGACAAACCAGUGGAACAAAAUAGUAAUAAAAUAAUUUCAAAGAAAAAUAAACAGAGAAAUGUAUUUUCUGUUACAAAUAUUGAGAUGCAAAAAAGUAGUAAUAACAAAAAUAAAGGAAAUGCAAUAUUAAAUAAAAAUAAUUCACAAGCUGGUAAUAAUUUAAAUGCAAGCAUUCAAAAUCCCAGAUCUGAUGAAAUAUUACCGAAUUCUAAUAAAAGGAAACAUAAUGAAAUAGUUGGCAAUGAUGAUAGUGCACAGCCUCCAGUAUCUAAGAAAAAGAGGAGAAAAAAGAAAAAUAAACAUGACCUGCACACUAUACAUGAUAAUAAUGACGCUGUUGAUGCAUCCAAUGUUGCUGCAAAAUUAAAGAAACUUGAAACGAAUUUUAAAGAAAGUAUAAGUACUAAAAGUAAAUCAAAACUUAAUGAACCUAAAACAAAAUUCAAAUCAGUAAAUGGGAACAUUCAACAAAAAGAGUCUACAACUGUUUCUAAUGAAAAUGUAACUAAUGUUGAACAUAAAAGAUCUAAAAAGCGGAAAAAAAGAAAUAAAUCUGAUUCAGACAAUUUUUCUGAACCUAAAGAUGAAAGUCAAAUUAACUUGAAAUCAAUGAAUGAUACUUCAAAUACAGUUAGUAAUUCUUUUACUAAUGGUCAAGUUACUAAUAGGAUAAAAUUAAACAGUAAAAAAGAAAAAUUGAAGAAGAUUCUUGCAUUAAAUAAUAAUAGAAAAGAAAUUGAUGUCACCAACAAAGGCAGUCAACUGAGACAAAGGAUGCUGGAGAAAUUGAAAGCGGCACAAUUUAGAUAUCUGAAUGAGAAGCUGUAUACAUCAUCAGGCUCUGAAGCCAAGCAGCUUUUCCAAAAUGAUCCCGACGCCUUCCAGACUUAUCAUCAAGGUUAUCAGCUUCAGGUUAAGAAAUGGCCUGUGAAUCCGCUCGAUGUUAUUGUCACAAGAAUUUUAAAAAUGCCGAAGUCCUACACUAUCGCAGACAUGGGGUGCGGGGAAGCAGCAUUGUCUAAGCGAGUCCCGCAGAGCGUACGGUCGUUCGACCUGGUGGCCAGUGCGGACGGAGUGGAGGCGUGCGACAUGGCGCACACGCCGCUGCUGGCCGGCUCCACCGACGUCGCCGUCUACUGCCUCGCGCUCAUGGGCACCGACCUCACGCAGUACCUAGUCGAGGCUAACCGCGUCUUGAAGAUGGGUGGCCACCUACUGAUAGCAGAGGUAGAGAGUCGGUUCGAUAAAGUGGACGACUUCACGUCGGAAGUACAGAAACUUGGUUUUAAACUGAAAAAAUUGGACAGCAGCCACAAGGUGUUCUUCUUUAUGGAAUUCAUCAAGAUUAGAGAGCCGCCGGUGAAGAAAUCCAAACUACCCGCAAUAUCGUUAAAACCAUGUUUAUAUAAGAGACGGUGA